AUGACAGAUAAAUAUAAAGAAUUGAUUAACAUUGGUUUGAAAUCAAUACUAUCAACAACAUAUAUAAGAAUUUAUGGAAUAUUACCAAAUAAUCCUAAUAAGAGAAUUGAAACAUUUCUUGAUCGUGGCAUUGAAAAGAUUAUAUUGAUUUAUAAUGAAAUGGAAACAAAUAAUAGAAUAUUACAAACAAAUGAUAUAAAAGAGAUGGCUGAAUUGGCUAAAAGAUCAAACAAGUUGUGUAGAAUAUUGGCAAAGAGAGAGGUAGUAUUGAUGUUGUUGGGGAUCAUUGCAGGUGGAGAUCAACUAUGGGAAAAUGGUUAUAGUCAUAGAGCACCUCUAACUGAACUAAUCAUUCAUCAAUUUUAUACUAUUUUGGAUACUGAUAAUAUAAUGAUAGAUUGUAUUAAUUUAUUAAAUCAUAUAUUACCCCAUGUACAAGAUAUACCAUAUGAUUUAUUUUCUCAACUUGUUAAUUUUCAUUCAUUAACACCAACAAGUUAUAGAUUGACAUGUGCGGUAUUGAGAACAAUGACUUUGAAUAGAGAAACCAUUCAACCAUUUAUCAGUGUUGGAAUGAUUAGAAUUGUUAGAUUUUAUUUAGACAAUCAAUUCAAAUCAGAGUAUUCACAAUUACAAGAUUAUUGGUUACAAAUUGCCAAAAGUAUAUACAAUGACAAACAACUUUUUAAGUCAUUGUCAUUAUUGGAUCAAUCAUUUGUAGAGCAAUAUUAUAAAAUGGGUAGAUUUAGAUUAUGGCUACCAAAAGAAUUACGUAUCAAUCCAAUUGGUACAAUAGUUGAAACGGUAUCUGAUGGAAUUGGAUAUUAUUUUGGUUUGUUUAAUGGUACUACAUUAUUUGUAGGUCAUUUAAAUCUUUUAUUUUCAGAUCAAAGAUUAGAUUCGACCUGGUCUAGAUACUUGGCAUGUUCAAUGUUUGAAUCAACAUUGACACUCUAUUUCACAUUUCUACUCCCACCCAAAGGAAAGAUAUAUUAUAUCGCAUCGGCUCUAACAAUAUCGAUUAUUUCAAGUUAUCAAGAGAGAAUAGUCAUCCUUGAAAAAACAAGUAAUUCACUUUAUAAAUCUUUUAAAAAGUAUUAUCAAACAAAUGAUCAAAAUCAUGAUAGACUUUUUGAAUCAACUAUCAAUCAACAAAAUAUUAUAAAUAAUAAAUCUAUUAUUUUAGAUUAUCAAUUUUAA